AUGCCGGGGACUCUGAUUCUGCUGUACUUAAGCGUGCAGUUUGCUGCGAGAAUGGGGACAGUAAUCGUGUGCAUUGGGACAAAGAGCUUGCAAGUCUGCCUGACUUCGCUCUUCCAAGGAAAGGAUAGAGAUGAAGCUGUGCAGAAGCACAUUAAUGACUCUCUGGCACUUCUGCCGCCAAUAGAUACCGUGGCAGCAGGACUACCUGACCAAAACCUGAGGGUCAUCGAUGUGGGCUCUGGCGCUGGGUUUCCUGGGGUGAUCAUUGCGAUCACAAGACCUGAGUGGCAGGUGACCGUUCUGGACUCCUUGAAGAAGAGAUGUGAUUUUGUAGAGGCCACUCUCCAGCGUCUUGCCAUUGACAACGUGGAGGUCCUGUGGGGCCGUGCUGAGACUGCUGGGCAAGACCCAGAGCACAGAGAGAAAUAUCACAUUGCAGUCGCCAGGGCUGUAGCAGAGAUGAGGGUCCUGUCGGAAUACUGCCUGCCUUUCAUUCAAGAGGGUGGCGCAUUCGUAGCUGCCAAGGGACCUUUCCCUGAGCAGGAAGUGGAGGAUGCCCAAGCUGCCAUCAGCAUACUGGGUGGCAAGUUGCUGUCAAUUGAUCCUGUGCAGUCAUACUCAGAUGGUGAGAGCAAGCCCAGGACAGCAGUCACGGUGAAGAAGGUAGCACACACUCCACCUGCUUACCCACGAAGGGAAGGGAGGCCUCUCAAACGGCCCUUGUAG